GACAGUGCGGCAACCAGAUUGGUGCCAAGUUCUGGGAAGUCAUCGCCGAUGAGCACGGCAUUGACCCCACAGGCACCUACCAUGGAGAUUCUGACCUUCAGCUCGAGCGAAUCAACGUCUAUUUCAACGAAGCUACCGGCGGACGCUACGUUCCCCGUGCCAUUCUGAUGGAUUUGGAGCCUG